AGCAGAGCAGAAGGGAAGUGCUGUGGUCUCUCUCGAUCUUUUGGGAAAAUAAAAGAUGGUAUCAGCUCUAACUCGUCUGCUGCUCAUCACCUGCGUGAUUCUACCUUUCCAUGGAGCAGAGAAAUUGAGAAAGGCACUUGACAGGAAGGAUGUUGAAUACGAAAAGUGUACUGGAAACGAUGCAGAUAAACCAAACUGCACCAGAAUCUCUGCUGAAUCCGAUUCAAGAACCUCUUAUUUGAACAACAUGUACAACAGCUGCCCCCAGGGUCCGGCUGGCACCCCUGGCAGGGAGGGUAACCCUGGCACCAAUGGCAUCCCUGGGACCCCUGGCAUCCCGGGGCGCGAUGGCAUCAAGGGGGAGAAAGGAGAGUGUGUGAGUGAGGUGUUUGAGGAGCCCUGGAAACCCAACUACAAGCAGUGUGCCUGGAACUCACUCAACUAUGGGAUCGACCUGGGCAAGAUAGCUGACUGUACAUUCACCAAGCUGCGGUCAGACAGUGCCCUGCGUGUGCUCUUCAGCGGCUCCCUGAGGCUGAAGUGUAAGACAGCCUGCUGCCAGCGUUGGUACUUCACCUUCAACGGAGCUGAGUGUACAGGACCUCUGCCCAUCGAGUUCAUCAUCUACCUCGACCAAGGCAGCCCUGAGCUCAACUCCACCAUCAACAUACACAGAACCUCAUCUGUUGAAGGGUUGUGUGAGGGGAUCCGGGCAGGCCUGGUGGACGUGGCUAUCUGGGUGGGGACCUGUGCUGACUACCCCAGAGGAGACGCAUCUACAGGGUGGAACUCCGUAUCCAGGGUCUUCAUAGAGGAGUUGCCCAAAUGAGGCCGUCUUUAUUAAGUGAUGGGACCAGGCCCCAUAGAGAAAGAACCCCUAACAGUCCUUCUGAAGCCUUUGACUACAUAUCAGUUUAGUUUCUGGAUGGGUUCCUAGUCUUUGACAAUGUCCUCUGGCCAAUCAGACAACUUCAGUUGUGGCUAAAGCCUACUACAGGAUCACUGAUGUUCACUUGAAUGUUUUGUACUACAGCACAUGGGUAGGGUCUAGUAUAUUGGCCACCUGAAAUUAGAUUUAUUCCUCAUUAGUCCCAUUCCUGUUUAAUAAGGCAAGAUUUUGAAUUACUGUCAAUUAAGUAAUAUGGUAUAUGAAUCAAGCAUUGUGUUACUCAUUUCACUAUAACAUGUUUUCCUAUCAGAAAAUACGUUUUUUGAAAAUUGGUGAAUUCAUAAAGAAAUGCAUGGGUAGAUAUAUUUUUCAAGUGACAAGUUAACACGGCACAGCUUUAAAUUUUAUCUGAAGCAAAAAAAGCUAACAAAUGUUUUCCUAUCAGAGAAGAACAUCAUUUGAACAUUGGUUUAUGCAUUACCAGGUAAAUUAAUAAAGAAAUGCAUGUGUUGAUAUCUUUGUUAUCUUUGUUAAAUGUAAUCUGAAGCUACAAAAAGCUAACAAAUGUUUUACUAUCAGAGAAUAACUUUUGUUGAACAUUGUUUAUGCAUGACCAGGUGAAUUCAUAAAAACAAUUGUGUUCAUAUCGUUUUGAAAUGACAAGUGAACACAGCACAGCAAAAUGUAAAAUUAUCUGAAAUGCAAAAGCAACAUAAAGCUUUAAACUUUAAUAGAACAUUUUACCUGAAAAUGAACUAAUGCCAAUUCAACAUUGAUAUUUCAAAUUAAGACUUCUGAAAUUAACAUUAUUUCAAAGAUGUUAAACGGUGCAAUCAGUCAUCUGUGAUCAUUUCCUAUGACAUAAUUAUAUGCACUACAGUAUGAUACCAAUCCAUUAAAUAAAAACAAAUUGGGCGUACAUUAGUACCCUGAAAAUAGCAGGUAUGCUCUUUUAACACACACACACACACACAGCCAGCCAGCAGCAUUGAAAGAAUGGUUGCUUUUUGCUUUG